AUGAAGGAUGGCCAAGUGGUUGGUGAAGGCUCUGCAGAUAAAAUGUUGAGCUCUGGACUUAUAGAGGAUGUUACACAAGAUGCAGACGCUGAAGGAAAAGAAGACUCUAUUGAAGCUGUAACUGAUGAUCAAGGCGAAACUACUCCACAACGCAAGAAAAAAGUAAGCGAAAAAGAUGGGAAAUUGAUGACGGAAGAGUCCAGUGCAGAAGGAACUGUUGAGUGGAAAAUCUACAAGCUUUAUCUCAAAGCAUCUGGUGGAUUUUGGUUUUGGAUCUUUUUGAUGGUGAUGUUUAUUUUGGCGCAGAUAUUAGAAGUCGGUCAAGAUUGGUGGAUCCGAGAAUGGACCAGAGCUUACACUGAUAUUAGAGGUCAAAUUUCUGGGCUCGUUUCAGCAACCUCAUCCAUUGUUUUUUCCUGGGGAAGAGGAAUCACUUCUAUUAUACGCGAAAGUCAUCUUACGGAAAAUUUUUUAUCAUCACAGUUUAUAUCGCAUUUAAACAAUUCUUUGUCGCCUUCUGUUCACAAUUCUAUGUCUUAUAAUACGAAAUCAGACAAUCAGCAAGUCAAUGUGGAUUAUUAUAUCGGCGUAUACGUUUUAAUUGGAUUAUCCUCUACGCUCUUUGCAUCGGUUAGGUCAUAUUAUAUGUAUUGGGGUUCUUUACUUGCGUCCAAGAAAUUACAUAAUGCCAUGCUGGAUAAAAUUUUAUCCGCAAAGAUUAGAUUUUUUGACACCACACCCAUAGGAAGAAUCAUGAAUCGUUUUUCUAAAGACAUGGAGACGAUUGAUCAAAACUUGUCACCUAUCUUGAUGUUCCUCAUUUAUUCUUUAAUCGCUACAACAACUGUGAUACUUGUUAUUUCCAGUGUAAUGCCGACAUUCUUAAUAGCUGGUUUUUUCAUUGCGGCUUUGUAUGUAAUGAUUGGUGCAUACUAUCUUUCCACAUCCCGAGCCCUCAAACGCUUGGAAUCCACUACCAGAUCGCCCGUAUAUGCUGUAUUUGGCGAGACAAUCAUCGGUGUAGCUACCAUUCGAGCAUUUGGUGCCGAAACAAGAUUAAUGCAGAAAAUGUUGAAUCUGGUAGAUGGAAAUAAUAGACCAUUCAUUUUCAAUUGGGCGUGUAAUCGUUGGCUUCAUACUCGUGUAGACCUGGCUGGUGGACUUGUAUGCUUAUCUACAGGUGUUAUAGUCAUCUACAGUCUUUCAAAAGGGAUGGAAUCAGGCUUAGCAGGCUUCGCACUUACAUACGCAUUGAAUUUCACUGGGCAUAUAAUAUGGGUGCUUCGUAUGUAUGCCCUGCAAGAGUUGAAUAUGAACUCAGUUGAGAGAGUUCAGGAAUAUUUGGUAUUGGAAGAGGAACCUCCAAGAAUCAUUGAUGAUCAUCGACCGCCUUCUGAUUGGCCAUCGAAAGGCAAUAUCCUUGUGGAAAAUCUCGUGAUGAGAUAUGCUCCGGAACAUCCACCGGUAUUAAUGAAUGUCUCAUUUCAUAUUCGACCUUCGGAAAAGAUUGGAAUUGUUGGAAGAACAGGAUCCGGAAAGUCUACAUUGGCCUUGUCAUUCUUUAGAUUCAUGGAACCAACUUCCGGUCAAAUUAUCAUUGAUGACAUAGAUAUUUCAACUAUUGGUCUCUUUGAUUUAAGAAGUAGACUUACAAUAAUACCACAAGACCCUGUUCUCUUUAGUGGAACCUUAAGGAGUAAUUUAGAUCCAUUUGAAGAAUAUGAUGAUGCCGCAUUGUGGAAUGCACUUCGAAGAGCUCACUUAAUUGAAGAUAAUUCCUUGACGACCCAAGAGACUAAUUCAAAUUAUGAUUCUAGUAGCAAUCAAUUACCAAGUUCACCAAGUAAUCCUUCACAAAAUCAAUUUACAUGGAGUUUGGAUUCACCAGUUAGCGAAAAUGGCAGUAACUUUUCUCAAGGUCAAAGACAAUUAAUUGCACUCGCAAGAGCAUUAGUGCGUAGAUCUAGACUGAUUAUAAUGGACGAGGCAACAGCUAGUGUUGAUUUUAAAACAGAUCGGAUAAUUCAAGAAACGAUACGUCAAGAAUUUAAUGACGCUACUUUGUUAUGCAUCGCCCAUCAUGCUGGGACGGUAGUCGAAUUUGAUCACCCAUAUGUACUGUUAAAAGAUCCGAAAUCCAUAUUCCGGGGAAUGUGUGAACGUAGUGGUGAACUCGGAGAAUUGUUGGAAAUGGCAAAGAAGAGAUACGGACAAGAAAUGGGAAAUGACGUUUAA